UCUUAUGUUUGGGAGUGAGACAGGCAUCUAGGCCCUCCGCCCUAGUCCCACUUGGCACUUGGACUGUUGGACAGUUAGUUGGAGGACCAUUUGGACUGUUCGAGGGCGUUGUUUGGACCCAAAUUCCAGUAAACACGAUUGCCGUUGGUCGCUGGAUCAACUACACAAGAUGACUGAAAACACCAAUUCAGCUCCUGAGUAUGUUGAACUGCUGGUGUCGGGCUCCAUGUACAAUGUCAUCAUUGAUGAUAAUGUUGAGACACAGCCUCUGGAGCUCUUCUCAGAAGACAUGCAGGGAGUCAUCACUGAUGCUGAUGAUACUGCUGGUACAAACACUGCUGUCAAGCAAAGCAUCAGAGUGUACCAGGCAUUUAAAGGUGUUCCAACUUCUCAACCUGGUGCAAUUUUCAAGAAUGAAGAUAUCAGUUCAGAUCAUGGACCAUUAUCAAGCCUGAGUGAAGAAUCAGCUCAAGCUGUGAAGUCAAUCCUUGGGUCUCCUCUUAGUGAGCUGCAGCAACAGCAUCAUUCAGAACAGGACAGUCAACAGCCCUUAAGAUAUUAUGGCUGUUCAGCUCAAGAAAGAGUGGUGAGCACUUCGAACAAGGCUCACAAAUGCAAUCACUGUGAUUACUGGGCCAGCACAGCCUACAACCUGAAGGUGCAUAUCAACAACCGACACACCAAUGAGGUCAAGUUCCAGUGUGAUCAGUGUCCUUUCUACACCUACACCAAGGCGAGCUUAAACUAUCACUUGAAAAGUCAUAACCUUAGCGAAUAUCAGUCAUGCGCCGAGUGCUCCUAUAGCACACAUUCAAAAAGUAGUUUACAGAAUCAUAUGAAAACUCAUCAAAAAGACCGCCCUUUUAAAUGUCCCCACUGUCCCUAUGCAGCUGCGCGUAAAAUGACUUUGAAAGAACACAUGGAAGUGCUCCACAAUGCGCGUAGGGAAAUUUAUGAAUGCGAGCAGUGUUCUUUCAAGACCAACUGGGUACGUGCUCUUAAGAAACAUCUAAAGUCUCAUAAUGGUGAAGGCCACAAUUGCUCUCAAUGUAUGUUCGUUGCAGUUAACAGAGAGCAGCUCACUGAUCACGAAAUUAGGGUACACCAUAUGGAGCGGAAAGAAUAUUCAUGUCCUGACUGCCCUUACGUCACCGACCAGCAAUACCAGUUAGAUGAUCAUGUUCAUAAGCGACAUGGAGCCCAGAAGGUGCUCCUAUAUUCAUGUCCAGAUUGUGACUACAAGACAAAAUGGAAGCGGCUCAUCAAGGGACAUCGUCGCGUUCAUACUGGCGAUCUAUUUAGAUGCAGCAAGUGUGAUUUCGCUACGAUCACUCGCACCAGACUCAACGAACACGAAAUGACGCAUUUGGACAUGUCCGAGCGUAGUUUCGCUUGCCCUCACUGCUCGUAUCGGGCUACGAGACAGACUCGUCUGAACGAGCACGUUUCAAAUCGUCACUACCCAGAGAAAAAGGCCCUACACAAGUGCGACAAAUGUGAGUUCUCUACGCUGUGGAAAAGUUAUCUCAAAGUUCACCAGAAAAUGCACACAGGUGAUGUUUUUCAGUGCUCAAGAUGCUCGUAUUCGUCACCUGUAAAGGCUCAAGUCAUAAGGCAUGAAAGAAGCUUGCACAGAAUUGGAGUGAACAAAGUCACUACUGCCAAUAACGUCUACAAGUGUCCACACUGUCCAUAUACAGCAGCCAGAAAAUGUAGAAUCAACGACCACUUGGAAUCUAGACACAAUCGAGCAAAUAGUGAGGUAUUUUCUUGCCCGGCCUGCACGUUCAAAACUAUAUGGCGGAAAUCGCUCAAAGUUCACAUGUCGGUACACGAAGAGGCUGGAGAGUACUUCCUUUGCGAUCUCUGCUCAUUCAAGUCCCUUGGAGAAGCCGAGUUUAAAAUGCAUGUCAAAACCCAUCUACCUGAAGAAGAAUUUACGUGUACUUUAUGCACUUUUUCAUCUCCCGAUGCUGAGCUCUUUAACCAACAUUUGUUGAUAGACCAUUCCAAGCCUACAUCUCCUACUGGCGCAAACCCUCCCAUUGAUAUCAAUUAUAUUGAGAGUCACAGCACCGAUGACUCCAGUGAGAGCAGUGACCAUGUUAAUCAAAUCUCGUUUCAAAUGUUUCACUGUAAAAAGUGUGAUUUUUCUUCAGCUUCUAAAAGGGCGUUACAAGCUCAUCUCCUUACACACCUUCAAGAAACUGAGCGAGCCUGUGGUAAAUCUUCCUCUAGAACUUUACUCUACCGAACAGUUGCAGAUGGGGCUAUUUUACCGAAAAGUAAGGGAGACAUAUUGUAUUAGAAUUACGCAAAAAUAAUAGUAUAUAAUUGUAAUUAAUAACCACCAAAUGAAAUUGCUUUUAUGACCUCCCUGUACUAACAAUCUUAACGACUAGUUGCCCACCAACGGUCGCAUGAAUAUUCUCUGAAUGCUACGCGUUGCUCGAGUACAAAAAUAUUCUUGUUAAAUAUUAUAUUAUUAUUAUUAAUAACCUAAGGAUAUUACUGCUGAGUGCGAAAUGCCUAUUAGUAUUAUUGUACCAGUUGGGUUCUUCCAACAAAUUGGCGAAGAAAAAUGCUAGUUUUGACUCCAU